AUGUAUAUAGAGAUAAUAGGCGAAGCAUACAGGUAUAGAGAGCAAACAGGCAGAACACACAGGUAUAGAGAGCAAACAGGCAGAGCACACAGGUAUAGACAGCAAAUAGGCAGAGCACACAGGUAUAGAGAGCAAAUAGGCAGAGCACACAGGUAUAGAGAGCAAAUAGGCAGAGCACACAGGUAUAGAGAGCAAAUAGGCAGAGCACACAGGUAUAGAGAGCAAAUAGGCAGAGCACACAGGUAUAGAGAGCAAAUAGGCAGAGCACACAUGUAUAGAGAGCAAAUAGGCAGAGCACACAGGUAUAGAGAGCAAAUAGGCAGAGCACACAGGUAUAGAGAGCAAAUAGACAGAGCACACAGGUAUAGAGAGCAAAAAGGCAGAGCACACAGGUAUAGAGAGCAAAAAGGCAGAGCACACAUGUAUAGAGAGCAAAAAGGCAAAGCACACAGGUAUAGAGAGCAAACAGGCAGAGCACACAGGUAUAGAGAGCAAAUAGGCAGAGCACACAGGUAUAGAGAGCAAAUAGGCAGAGCACACAGGUAUAGAGAGCAAAAAGGCAGAGCACACAUGUAUAGAGAGCAAAAAGGCAAAGCACACAGGUAUAGAGAGCAAAUAGGCAGAGCACACAGGUAUAGAGAGCAAAUAGGCAGAGCACACAGGUAUAGAGAGCAAAUAGGCAGAGCACACAGGUAUAGUGAGCAAAUAGGCAGAGCACACAGGUAUAGAGAGCAAAUAGGCAGAGCACACAGGUAUAGAGAGCAAAAAGGCAGAGCACACAGGUAUAGAGAGCAAAUAGGCAGAGCACACAGGUAUAGAGAGCAAAUAGGCAGAGCACACAUGUAUAGAGAGCAAAAAGGCAGAGCACACAGGUAUAGUGAGCAAAUAGGUAGAGCAAGUACAUAUGGAGCACACAAGUAG